CCAAUGUCAGGCCCCAGCUUGAUCUAUAUCGAGCCCCCACAUAGUCGCAAAAGACAUGUCUAAGAGAACAAACGACGGCGAUGUCAUCGCCAACCGCAUAAGUCUGCUCGAAGCAAAAGGACAGAAGCUCUUGGCGUCGCUGUACGGAUCGCGCCCUGACUGGGACACCACAUAUGAUGCUACCCAGUCACGGGAUGAAGACGAUGACCAAGAUCUGAAACAAAACUAUGCUCACGACAGAAUCGGUCUUGGCGGUAUACUCCCUAAGGAUAUCGAAGAUGGCAGCUUUACCCGCAGGAUAGUUACCUCGGACGAUAAGCUUCUACAGCAGCUGAUCGGGAAGAAGAAAGCAAAAGCCCAUAUUUCUGCAAAGCAGGAAGCUGCGAGACCCACUGCAGCAGCCAAAGCACAGCAGUACAGGAAGCAGGCUGCGAAGAAGGAAGAGUCGGAUGACGACGACGAGGGGAGGGCCGCUAUAUUCAAGUCCAAAAGGCAGGCAAAGAAAGAGAACCAACAAGCCAAAAAAGUCGACAGCGAUGACGAGGAUGAAGAGACAAGGGCAAAGAGGUUAGAGGGCGGCGCGGUGAAGGAAGAAGAGGGGGCGUCGAAAGAAAAAGUAGUCAUGGAAGUUCAGGCAGACGCGAAACCUGUCAAGCGAGAGGACGAUGACGAAGAAGCGGAAGCAGACGUCACGCAACCAGCUCCCAAGAAAGCGCGAACCAAACCAAAGAGUUUCCUUGACGAGAUCUUGGCCGAACGAUCGAAGAAGAAGAGCAAGAAAUCAAAAGCAUGAAGGCCUACCAGGAGCCGCAAGACGGAAUCAAUCAGUGUACGAUACAACGGCGUUGCAUUUUUCUUAAUUCGAUACCCAGUGUACCAGCUUCGGAGUAGACCUACAUACAACCCAUGGCGAAAUUAAUCAAUGAGCCUAAUCUUUUCUUCAGGAAAGAGAAAUAAUUCAUGAAUUGAAUAGACAUCCAUUCCCUCUAUUCCCGCACAAUCAAACUAGCCAUCCCCAUACCCGUCCCUAUACACUUACUCAGCACACCAACCUGCUCCCCACUCCUCCCCAUCUCACUCAACAGCGUCGCCAACAUCCUCCCACUCGUCGCCCCAAGCGGAUGACCCAAUGCAAUCGCGCCUCCAUUCGGAUUAAUCCUAUCCAUCUUACUCUCCAAUCCCAAUUUCCUCACGCAGUACAAAGCCUGACUAGCAAACGCCUCGUUGAUUUCCCAAACAUUGACAUCCUCCGCCGUAAGA